AUGCCCUCAUUUAAGGCCCUUGCGGCUUCGGCUUCGAGAUCAACCUCGCGGAUCACCUCCUCAUACUCCUCUCUCCGCCCUCUCUCCCAGAUCCAGCCUUCAUCAACAACAUGCUCAACCGCCCGCGCCUUCUCAGCCACCGCCCUCCGGCCCACAAAGACGGUAAAGCCGUACCGUCUCCCCAGCGACCUCAUCCCGCCAUACCCCUACGGCGAGCGCCGCGUCUACAAGCAGUCCAACAACGGCCUCUACGGCAGCGCCCGCAUCCGCUUCGGCAACAACGUCGCCGAGAAGCACAACAACAAGUCCCGCCGCUUCUGGCGCCCCAACGUCCACGUCAAGACCUUCCUCAUGCCCUCCCUCGGCGCCCGCAUCAAGACCCGCCUCACCCUGCGCGUCCUCAAGACCAUCCGCCGCGAGGGCGGCAUCGAAAACUACCUGCUCAAGAGCAAGCCCGCCCGCAUCAAGGAGCUCGGCCCCGGAGGAUGGAACCUGCGCUGGCUGCUCAUGCAGAGCAGUGCCGUCCAGCAGCGCUUCAACGACGAGCGGGUUGCGCUGGGGCUGGAGCCUAAGGAGCUGGAGGAUAGGGACGAUGUUAUUCAGUAUGCGCUGGAUUACGCUACGCCGGGCCCUCUGAGCUUGCGCAGCCAAGCGACCUUGGCCGAGAUGAGGGCUGCCCUGGACCAGACUUUCGUCUUGGGCGACGAAGACUUGGCCAAUCUCGAGGGCAUCCAGGAGCUGACCGACGAGGAGGAGGAGCUGCUGUUACGAGAGCUGGACAGAGCUGAGGAAGCUGCAAGGUCAAAAGACGUCAAAGCGGAAAAGCAAGGCAUUGAAGUGUAA